GAUUGCGUUCGCCUUGCGUCCGACAAGCCGAGGCGAGGAGAGAGAAACCGGUAGAAAGAGAGAGAGAGAGAGGAGGCAAGGCAAGCCAGAGCAAACCGAAGCCGGUUUCUCUCUCUGUCUCUUCUCUCUCUUCAUUUCUCUUCUUCUGGCCUCAGUCUGCAUAAAGUCUCCUCCUCCCCUUCCCCAGUUCUUCUUCCUCCUACCGCGCGCUCGGGCUCGGCCAGUGCUGAUCUUGGCAAGCAGCAAAGGCGCGGGCUUUUUUUUUCUUCUUCUUCUUGCGUUGCGGGCGGUGAUUUUUGGCCGGAUUUCCGUCUGGUCGCACGGCCGUUCGGUUUCUUGGGGGGGAGAGUGGAGAGUGCGGUGCGGUGGCGGCCGGCCGGUUCUUGGUGUUUCUCCGGCGGUGAGGUGAGGUGAGGUGAGGAGAGGGAGAGCAGAGGAGGCCGCCAUGGGCGGGCGGUGGGUGGAGGAGUACGGGCGGCCGUCCAACCUGCAGUGCUUCUUGGACUGCACCACCCCCGCCGUCGACACGCACCUCCUCGUCCCCAAGACGAAUGGCCGGUUUUCGAGCGACUCCUGGCACCACACCGAGAUGGACAGCAUGGAGUACUUCAAUCUUGCAGACCUAUGGGAGCAGUACUAUGAGUGGAGCGCAUACGGGGCUGGAACCACGGUGCAGCUCUAUGGAGGGGAAAGAGUAGUUCAAUACUUUGUUCCCUACUUGUCAGGGAUACAGCUAUAUACCAACAAAGCCCAGACUGCAUCUAGGAGUUUUGGUGAAGAUAAUGGCAUGGACUAUUGGAGUGAUGAUGAGGACAAUGAGAAGAUGUCAAGAUCCUGGAGUUCAACAUCUGAAGACUCACUAUUUAACUGUGAUGCCAUAGUCGGCAAUAGAAAACGCCAUGGGCACUUGUAUUUUGAGUUCUUCGAAGUUUGCUCUCCUUAUGGAAGGAUCCCACUCAUUGACAAGGUGUAUGAACUAUCCCAGGGCUUUCCUGGGUUGACUUCGCUGAAAAGUAUUGACCUUUCGCCUGCUAGCUGGAUGUCAGUUGCCUGGUAUCCUAUCUACCAUAUUCCGUACCAGCGCAAUGUGAAGGACUUAUCUGCAUGCUUCCUAACUUACCAUACCAUUUCAUCGUCAUUCCAAGAUUGCGCGCACGACGGCAUGGCCAACGGGAAACAAAAUGACGAGAUGGACAAGAAGUGCAGCAAAACCCAGCUCGCUCCAUUCGGGCUCGCCGCGCACAAACUGCAGGGCUCACUCUGGACCAACCCAAGAACAGGAGACCAUGAGCGGAUGGUCUCCCUCUUCGGCGCGGCGGAUUCCUGGCUCAAGCAGCUUGGAGUCCAGCACCAUGACUACAGCUACUUCAUCACUCACCCCAUGUGAUCUGAAUUCUGAACCAGCUGAUUUGUGUCCCUCUGAGAAGAGUAGUAGGUUGCAAAGAAACGCCCCCCCCCCCCCCCCCCCCCCCCCCCGGCUGCAGACUUUUGGAGGCAUCGGAUUUUGCUCACCCCCAUCAGACAAAUGGUACCAAAACGUUUUGCCGUUUGUCAGAAUGACACUGACAUUUGCCGGAUAGGUUUAUACUGCUUGAGAGUUUACCUGCAGCGAAUAUAUAUAUACCGAACAUAUCAGGGACAUUAUAGGUUUUGUGUUUUCUUGGCUGAGGAUGUAAACCGACCGUGUACAGAAGUUUUGGAACUAUUUGACAUCCAAUAUAUGUCGUGGUAGGAAUUGGAUUCA